ACGUCAGUCAGGAGGCGGAAGCGCGGCAGGGCGAGCAGGUUGUGGCUCUGGGUAGCUCUGUUUUUGCCUGUGUGGUCACGCGGCUGUCCAGCCGACAGUGCGGAUCCCAGGGCGCCCUACAGUCCUAGCUUUCAGAAUACACAAUGAUUGCUGUGAAUAUUUUUUAAAUGAAUGGAGAGGCACCAUAAAUGAGUGGUUUUUCUUCCUAGUACUUCGAUCAUAUGGACAGUGUCAACUGUUGAUAUAUUUGGUAGCAUUUGGUAAUGUAAAGGGCUGAUCAGUUGCCCCUGAGCACAAUUGAAACAACAGGAAGAUGGCAGCAAACUCUUCAGGACAAGGUUUUCAGAACAAAAAUAGAGUUGCAAUCUUGGCAGAAUUGGACAAAGAAAAAAGAAAAUUACUUAUGCAGAACCAAUCUUCAACAAAUCAUCCUGGAGCUAGCAUUGCCCUCUCCAGGCCCUCUCUUAAUAAGGACUUCCGGGACCACGCUGAGCAGCAGCAUAUUGCAGCCCAACAGAAGGCAGCUUUGCAGGACUGCACCCUCCUCCACGGUCAGAAACAACACUGUGUGGAAUGCCUGGCUGAGAAUGAACUGCCUAUAUCCUGGGGCCACUGCAGAGCACAGAAUUUGUAUGGAACUGCUGACACAGAUGGGAAACAACAGGAGCUGAAAUAAACAGAUGAACUUGAAAAAAUCCGGGAGGACAUAAGGCAACCAAAUAUGUUAAAUAAAUCCAUGCAAAUACUAAAUGUCAAAAUUAACAUUUGGGAACUGUGAGGUUUCAAUGGUCCUUUAUAAAUUAAAAAAAAUUCUUAUUUAAUGCAAUUCAAAGAAGACAUGAUAACCAACCAAGGUAAUGUAUGAACCUCGCAGUCUUCUACUGUUAUACUGCUCAGCCUAAAAAUAUCUACAUGAAAGAAAACUAUGUUGUUCUAUUUGUCUCUAUUUAUUUUUUCUGUAAGGUCAAGUGUCUGAAGAAGAAAAUUAGAUUUAAAAUCCUAGGAUAAGAAGUACUUGGAAAACGUUAGAAUUCUUGUUUUCUUUCCCUUUUUGCAAAUGUUUCACUUUCAGAAUUGGGAACGUGUGGAAUGAUAUAUAAUGAAACAAAGAUUUUCAAGUUUGGCACCACUUAACAACUGUAAUAUUUCCUUCUGUAGAGGCCAUUAAGUGCGGCUCAAAAUAUUAACCAACUAAGCACAUACUUUCUCAAGCCACACAUACUGACGUUGACUGGCACAGCCUUUUAGCACAGUUUGUCACUUGAACUACAGGAAGUGAUAGCAGCAAUGGUUAACAAUUCCACAUAAACACAAACACAUAUGAAAGAGCACCUAUAACAACAUGCAAAACCUCAACAGUGACAUCACUAUUACACAAUGCAUAGAAACUGUAAUGGUUUUUGGCAAGA